GGCGGAGAAAAACCAGCGGGUUGUACCCUGGGCUGCUGCGGUGCCCGUCUGCUUGCUGGAGAGGCCUCGUUCUCGCUCCACUUCGGCUGACGGCUCAAGGUGCCCAGCUCCAAGAGAUCUCCAGAUUGUACGAGUAACCUGCCCGGUGCUGGGGCUCUUGCCUCUUGUUAUUUUUGUGACUUCUCGCUCCAGCCCUAGGAGGGGUUGCUUUGUGUCAAGCCCUCUUUGCAGGUUCUAGGUACUCUAAGGCUCUGAAAGGUGAAGUUGUUGCUCGGACGGCUCAUGGAGAUUUGAGUGUAGAAUUUCUGACUCUUAAGCCUCGCCUCACCAUGUACAUAGGGAGGCUUUUCCGGUCCUCAGACCUCCAGUGGGCUUGGAGGGCGGCCUUCCUGAGAUGCAUCCAGAGCAGGCGGCGGGGAGCACACCGAUGGACACAUUCUGGAGGCAGCGCCUACCGAGCGGUGAUCUUCGACAUGGGCGGCGUUCUCAUCCCUUCCCCAGGGAGUGUGGCUGCUGAAUGGGAGGUGCAGAACCAUGUCCCUUCCGGAACUAUAUUGAAGGCCUUGAGCAAAGGUGGUGAAAAUGGACCCUGGAUGAGAUUUAUGAGAGGAGAGAUAACAACAGGAGAUUUCUUACAAGAAUUUGGGAGACUUUCCUCUGAAAUAUCUAAGACUACAGUGCCUGUGGAUUCAUUUUUCUCUCUGCUGACCAGCAAGCAAGUGGCACAGCAGUUCCCAGUGAUGACCGAGGCCAUCUCUCAAAUUCGGGCGAAAGGCUUCCAGACUGCAGUCCUGACAAAUAAUUUUUAUCUUGCCAGUGGGAAAAGCUUUUUGCCCCUGGACCGGAGCCAGUUUGACGUGGUGGUGGAGUCCUGCUUGGAAGGAGUCUGUAAGCCAGACCCUAGGAUAUACCAGCUCUGCUUAGAGCGCCUCGGCCGGCAGCCUUCUGAGUCCAUCUUUCUCGAUGACCUGGGACCAAAUCUAAAAGCAGCUGCCAGCCUUGGUAUUCGCACCAUUAAGGUCAACGACCCAGAGACUGCGGUGAAGGAGUUAGAGUCUCUUCUGGGUUUUCUAUUGCACUCGGGUGUUCCCAACACUCGUCCUGUGAGGAAGACCAUGGAAAUCCCAAAGGAUGCCCUGCAGAAGUACCUCAGAGACUUGCUGGGGACCCAGACCACAGGCCCGUUGGAACUCCUUCAGUUUGAUCACGGCCAGUCAAAUCCCACUUACUACAUCAGGCUGGCCAAUCAUCAGCUGGUCCUGAGGAAGAAACCCCCUGGGACUCUCCUGCCAUCCGCCCAUGCCAUAGAGAGGGAGUUCAGGGUAAUGAAAGCCCUUGCAAGUGCUGGAGUACCUGUCCCUAGGGUUCUUGACCUUUGUGAAGAUUCAAGUGUCAUCGGCACGCCCUUCUAUGUGAUGGAGUACUGCCCAGGCCGCAUCUACAAAGACCCCUCUCUGCCAGGCUUGGAGCCCAGCCAGAGGCGAGCCGUGUACGCUGCCAUGAACCGAGUACUGUGCCAGAUCCACAGCGUGGACUUCCAGGCUGCAGGCCUGGAUGGCUAUGGGAAGCAAGGGGACUAUCUUCCUCGCCAGGUGCAAACCUGGACAAAGCAGUACCGAGCCGCAGAAACCAGCACCAUCCCGGCAAUGGAACGGCUCAUCCAGUGGCUGCCUCUCCAUCUUCCCAGGCAGCAGAGGACCGCAGUGGUGCACGGGGACUUCAGGCUUGACAACCUGCUCUUCCAUCCGGAAAAGGCCGAGGUGCUUGCUGUCCUUGACUGGGAACUUUCUACCUUAGGCGACCCCCUUGCCGACGUGGCCUACAGCUGCCUGGCUCACUACUUGCCAUCCAGUUUCCCCUUGCUGAAAGGUGUCAGUGAUCGCGAUUUGACCCAGCUGGGCAUCCCUACCGCUGAGGAGUGCUUUAGGAUGUACUGCCUUCACAUGGACAUCCCUCCUGUUGAGAACUGGAACUUUUAUAUGGCUUUCUCCUUUUUCCGCAUGGCUGCAAUCCUCCAAGGAGUCUACAAGCGAUCACUCAAAGGGCAGGCAAGCUCAGCAAGCGCUGAGCAAAGCGGAAAGCUGGCCGAAUUCAUAUCUAACCUGGCAUGGGACUUUGCGACUAAAGAAGGAUUCCGCAUUUUCAAAGAGAUGCCAGCUGCCAAACCACUGACAAGGUCCUGCCACACUCGGGCUGGUCCACAGUCGCUGCUGAGCCCCACAGGCACAAGAAGCUACAGCUCUGUCUCGGGAGCUCCCCCAGCUCACACCUCGAAGGGAGCGCUGGUCUUCUCGGUAGAGGGCCUCUCCCCACAGGUCAGAGAGCUGUACGACCGGCUGCAGCGGUUUAUGGGGCAGCACGUGUACCCCCUGGAGCCAGAGCUGCAGAGACACCAGGCCUCGGUGGACAAGUGGACCCCGUCCCCGCUGAUAGAAGACCUCAAGGAGAAAGCCAAGGCCGAAGGCCUUUGGAACCUUUUCCUACCCUUGGAGACUGACCCCGAGAGGAAGUACGGAGCAGGACUGACCAACGUGGAGUAUGCGCACCUGUGUGAGGUCAUGGGCAUGUCGCUGUACGCUCCUGAGAUAUUCAACUGCUCGGCCCCCGACACGGGGAACAUGGAGGUCCUGGUGCGAUACGGCACCGAGGAGCAGAAGGCCCGCUGGCUGGCCCCGCUGCUAGAAGGCAAGGCCCGCUCCUGUUUCGCCAUGACGGAGCCCCAGGUCGCCUCAUCAGAUGCCGCCAACAUCGAGGCUUCCAUCAGAGAGGAGGAAGGUUUCUAUGUCAUAAACGGUCACAAGUGGUGGACCUCAGGCGUCAUGGAUCCGCGCUGCCAGCUCUGCAUAUUUAUGGGGAAAACAGACCCACAGGCGCCAAGACACCAGCAGCAGUCCAUGCUCUUGGUUCCCAUGGAUACCCCAGGGAUAAAAAUCCUCAGGCCUCUGUCUGUGUAUGGGCUGGAGGAUGCGCCAGGCGGCCACGGUGAGAUCCGAUUUGAGAACGUGCGUGUGCCCAAGGAGAACAUGAUUUUGGGUCCUGGCCGAGGCUUUGAGAUUGCCCAGGGCAGGCUGGGGCCCGGCCGGAUCCAUCACUGCAUGAGGCUCAUUGGGUUCUCAGAGCGGGCCCUGGCGCUCAUGAAGGCCCGCGUGAAGUCCCGCGUGGCCUUCGGGAAGCCCCUGGUGGAGCAGGGCACGAUCCUGGCCGACAUAGCGCGGUCACGCGUGGAGAUCGAGCAGGCACGGCUGCUGGUGCUGAAGGCUGCUCACUUCAUGGACGUGGCAGGAAAUAAGGCUGCAGCUUUAGAUAUCGCCAUGGUUAAAAUGGUAGCCCCGUCCAUGGCCUCCCGGGUGAUUGAUCGUGCUAUUCAGGCUUUUGGAGCAGCAGGCUUGAGCAGCGACUACCCCUUGGCACAGUUCUUUGCCUGGGCCCGAGCGCUGCGCUUUGCCGACGGCCCUGACGAGGUGCACCGGGUCACCGUGGCCAAGAUGGAGCUGAAGCGUCCGACUUAGGCCUGUGGACCGCAGGAGCCCAUGUCCCUGUGGCCGGCCACACCCCAGCUUGGUAAACGAUGUGCUUGGAAAGGCCAGCUAUGUGUGAUUCCUGCCACCCGCCCGGCUUCUCCAUCUUGGCACAGCGGGCAUCCCGCAGGAGGCGUCCCGGAGAAGCCCUGAGGACGGGGUCAGCUGAGAGCUGCGGGGAAGCUGGGCCUCAGUCUCAUGGGCCCAGCCGAACGACCGGCCUCCAGCUUCCUCGUUAGACUGCCGACCACCCAGAAUACUAAUGAUAAUGAUAUUCUGGAAGGGGACUUGGGGGACACAAAAGAAUAAGAAAACAACCCUCAGGGCCUUGCCAACUACUGCGUCGUAUGAAAAGAACGGGGAAUAAAGCGCCCGCUCAGAUCCUGGGGCUCCGUCA